AUGUCGAUUAAAGUAGAACCUGGACUGCUAUUCAAUCCAACUACUGAUGGUGUAAAACCACCCGCAAAAAAGUCAAAUGAUAAUGGAGGUACCAAAACUAAUCGUAAGACGAUAAAAGCACCAGGGUCAAAAACUGAAAGAGUUGCACAGGCUUGUGAUAGAUGUAGAGCUAAAAAGACAAAAUGUGAUGGCAGGAACCCUUGUUCAACUUGUCAAGCUGUUGGUCUAGAAUGUAUUGUUUCUGAUAAAUUGAGUCGAAAGGCAUUUCCUAAAGGUUAUACAGAAACUUUGGAAGAAAGAGUUAGACAAUUAGAAGCUGAAAACAAAAAAUUGGUAAGUAUAUUAGAUAUGAGAGAUGAACAAAUUGUAUUAUUAAAUAAUACAUCAAAAGAUAAUUAUGAAGAUCAAUCUGAACCUAAUGAAAAUCAAAAAAUAACGACUGAUAAUUUAAAUUUAUUAAAUAAUAUUCAUCUGCAUUUACAUGAUCAUGAAAAUGGAUGUCCUUGUGGUUGUUCAAAUCCUCAUAAUGUACAUGAACAACCUGUAUCAAUAGCAGGAUCAAUUUAUGAUUCAGGUGCACCUAUUUCAAUUGCUGGUUCUAUUAAUUUAAGUGAUGAUGAAUUUAAUGAUGAAACGGAUAGUUUGUUUUCCAUUGAUGAAUAUAAUAAUAAGAAACAAUUUUCUUCAUCUACUUGGGCUGCUGCAACUGCAAUUGCUCAAAUGCAAAAGAAUAAAUUAUUUCAAGAACAACAACAAAAAUUGGAACAAGAAACAAAUAAACAAAGAAUGUUGACAUCAUUAGUUGCUAUAUCAAUACCUAGAUCAACUGAGGAAACAUUGACUGUUCCUACAUUAUUGGCAAGAAUUUGUCAAGCUUAUGGGUAUGAUUCAAAACCGGCUAUAUUGACUGCAAACUCUUUAGCAUCAUUAAAAGAGAUCAAGAUACCAAUCUGUGAAAAUACGGAAGCUAAACAAUUGUUGCAUAAAUUAAUUAUGAAUCGUGAUGAUUUACAGAAAUUAGGAAAUCAUGAAGCAUUAAUUUUCAUUAAAGAUUUAUUAAAUUUACCUGCUUCAAGAUUAGAUAUGGAUCAAUUAAUAACUGUAUUUUUCCAAGAAUGGGGUAAUACCUUACCUAUUAUUAACAAGAAUUCAUUUUUGAAAGAUUAUAUGAAGUUAAUCAAUGUUUUAGAAUCUAAUUUGGUUCAUGAAUUUCAACAAAUUGAAGUAUUUGGAGCUAUUAUGAUUCUUGUACUUAGUCUUGGGUUUUUAACAAGUAAGAAUAAUUACCUAGAUAUAAAUAAUCGUAAAUUAUCAGAACGUUAUUCCAAAUUGUUUACUUAUUAUGAUUAUUUAAUUCAUGAAUUUAUAAAACCAAAUUGCAUAAUUACUCAAUAUUGUUCAAUCACAUCAUUACAAAUUUUAUCAUUAGCAUUACAAUAUUGUCUCGUAAUUGGAGAUAUUCAAACAUGUUAUGAUUUAAGAGGUAGAGUUAUAUCAAUGGCUCAACAAUUAAGAUUACAUAGAUGUCCAGCUGCUGUAUUAGGUAUAAGUGGAAAUUCAGAAAAUCUUGAAUUACAAAACUAUAUGCAAGGAGAACGACGUAUUUUAUUUUGGUGUAUUUAUUGUCUUGAUGUUUAUUCUAGUUUAAAUUUAGGUAUUCCUCGAUUAUUAAAAGAUUAUGAAAUAGAAUGUGCUAUGCCGUUUUCAGGUAAAAAUGAUGAUGAUGAAGAAGAUAAUGUGAACAUUUUAGUGGUUAAUAAUAUGAAAUUAUCUAUUGUAGGUAAGGUUUCAAAAGUUGCAUUGAGUAUGAUGUUGUAUUCUAAAGUAUUGGCAAAUAUUCUAGAUUCAAUUUAUUCAAGAUUUGAAAGUGGUGAUGAUUUACAAAAGAAAGCAUUACAUAAGGAUAGAUUAUUAGAUUGUUGGAGAAGAGAAUUGCCACUGGAUCUUAAAUUUGAGAUUGAUAUUAAUGGAUUAUCUUUGAAGGAUGGGAAUAAUAAUUUCAUUGAGCGAAAUAUAUGGGAUAGUUUUAACAAGCAACAAUUAGUAUUGAUAUUUUUAUAUUAUCAUGCAAAGAUUUUAAUUUACUUACCUAUCAUUUCAAAAUAUGGAAAUCAUCAUAAUGUGGGAUUAUCACAAAAAGAACAAUUAGCAAAAGGUGAGAAUGAAAUAUCCACAAUUGUGUCAAGUAUAUCAUUGAUUCAACAAUCAGCAAUACAAAUUUUAGAAGUUACGAAAUGUUUAGCAAACACAUCAUCAUCUAAUAUUUUGCCUAUUCCGAUAAACAUGGCCAAAGAAACAGUAUUAUUAGCAUUGAUAGUUGCUAAAGGUACAUUAGAUUAUAUAAAAGGUGGUCCAUUAUUUAUAAACCUGAAGCAGUUAUUAUUGGACACAAUCAAGAAUAUGUCAAUUGAUUCUACAUUUGGAUUGCCAGGUGGAGUUUAUAAAAAUUCAGUCAAAUUAUUAGAAUUAACAAUUCUUAGUAUUUUAGGAAUAAAUUUAAAUAAAACAAGUACUAAUAUGAGAAAAAAAGCAUUAACAUCACAUCCAAUAGUUAAAACAGCGGUAGAAAGGGAACCAAAAGCAAAACAAACAGCAGCAUUACAAAAUCCACUCAACAAUUUUGAUUUAACAAGCACUGAAAUGUUUAAUAUGUCAAGUAGUGAAUCAAACAUAUUAAAUUCAAAUUCAACUACAUCAGAUCAAGAAUUCAUUUUAAAUCCACAAGAUACAGAGAAUUUAGAAAGUUUGUUUGAUUUUGAUCCAUUUAAAGUUAAUUUAAAUCUUAAUAGACAAAAUAUGAUGAGUGAAUUUGUCACAGAUUAUUCAGUUGGUGUUGUUCCAUAUUUAGAUAUGCCAAAUACAAACACUACAGAAAACCGAGAAUCAAAUCAUAAUUUCUUAUUGAAAGAUCAUCAAUAUUGGAAUUAUAAAAAUUAA